UCGCCGCUCCGCGCGGAACUUGGACUCCCGGAAUAGUCUCGCGGCGCUGUAAAACUUUAUCGCCAAGCGCUAACCGAAAUCGGACCGAUCUGGUGGACCGCGCGGUAGGCAGGACGGCUCGUAUUUGUCGCGCUUCUCGUAGCUCCCGUUCAUAGCGAAAUCUCUACGGGACUUUCUUAGAUCGAUUUGACUAGAGGCACGUUUCUUGUUCCUCGAUGGAAGUGGACACAGAGAACGUUGCGAUGGACGAAGCGGACGCUCUAAUGAGGGCCGACGACGGCGGCGGCGUCAUUACCAGUAAUGUCAACGACGAUGGGGCGCCCACCAUUGAGGAAACUUAUGAGAUUACCACCACCAGGCGUAAAACUAUCCGCACCAGUUACAAGAUCCAGGAGACUUCUUCAUCGACCAAGACAACCACCAUGACGACAGCGGCCAAGCUGUACGGCAAGGAUCUGAGCGAGUAUGAUGACAUUGACGUGGAUCAACUGCUGGCAGAGCUUACGCCAGAGGAGCUCAAUAUAUUGGCCAAGGAAGUGGAUCCUGAUGACAGUUUUAUGCCGCCCUCACAACGUUGCAGUUAUGAAUGCAAUAAAAGUCCUACAGGGCCAUUGAAUCGCAAGAAGCUCAUUGAGCAUAUCAACAAACAAGCUUUAGAGACACCUGAUAUUCCAGAACUGAAGCCAUAUGUACCUGGUGUAAUUAGGGGCAAGAAAUGGGUACCUCCGCCACAAGACAACACGAAAGAAAAGGAGGCAGACGAGCAGAUCGCGAUAGAUCUUGGUGAAGAGUAUGAACAAGCGCUUUCAGCUGCCACCCAAGAAGAAAUCAUUGAUCUUGCUGCUAUUCUUGGAUUUCAUUCUAUGAUGAAUCAAGAUCAGUAUCACGCGUCUCUACUGAAUUCUGGACAGCCAGUCGGACUUGGUUGGGACGGUGUGACGAAGGCUAGUCAACCGAAAAUUUAUCCGAUGGAACCGCCUAAUGAUACAGACGUUGACGCUACCAUUAAACAAGUGCGAGACGAUGAUUCCUCUCUAACUGAUUUAAAUUGGAACAAUAUUAAAAAUAUUUCAGACGAAAAAUUCAUGCAGUUAUUCGAAGGUUUGGAAAUGAACACACAUCUCGAAUCGUUAAGUUUAACCAACGUUGGACUCAAUGACAAGACCGCGCAACGACUAGCCGAUGCCAUAGAGAAGAAUUCGACACUCAGAGUACUCAAUGUGGAAACAAAUUUCAUAAGCCCGCCUGUGAUAGUAAGGCUGAUCAGAUCCCUCCUUAAAACAAAAUCAAUCGAAGAAUUCCGAUGUUCGAAUCAGAGGUCACAAGUAUUGGGUAACAAAAUUGAGAUGGAAAUCACACAAUUGGUAGAACAAAAUCCGACGUUGUUGCGACUCGGGUUGCAUCUGGAGUUCAAUGACGCUAGACAUCGCGUAGCUGCGCAUCUGCAACGCAACAUCGAUAGGAAUCGCCUGCGCCGCAUGGGAAGAGCUUCUCGUAACUACACCAUCGGCUGGGCCAUGCACUGAUGAUGAUCGCCACGACGAUGGCAACGAUGACGACGAAGAUGACGACGACAAUGAUACGCUGAUAAGCACGUGUGAUUUUCUCGCCGCGACAAACGCACCGCGCCAUAAAACGAUCUCCACACGCGUACUCACAUACGCACAUGCAUUCACGUAAUAUACGUCAUUACACAGCGCAAUAUCGAAUCUCUCGGAUUCAAUCUCGGAAGCGUACCAUUUUUGUACUCAUGGAAUUCUAGAUCCUCUAGCUUGAUUUGUUUCUGAAAUCGUAUUAACGGACAAUUGAAAUUAUUAUACGCGGAGGAAAAGUCGGAAGCUUCGUAUGACAAAUUAUAUGUGGGUGUCUCUCGUCUUUGUUGUUUUAAAUAAAUAUAGAUAUAUGUAUACAUACAUUUAUAUAAAUAUAUAUUCCUGCAUCACAAAGCUAUACCGGGCGAUUAAAGAUACUCCAAUUACGCGUCAUGAUGUAAUAAAUUUAGAUCGUCGAAUAAACGCGUAUUAAUAAUGUUAGUUAAUAUAUACAUAUAUAUAUGUAUAUGUUAUACAUGUUGCAACAUAUAUAUAAUUGUUAAGUUAUCGGAGAUAAGUUUCGCGGAGGGAACGAUAAGGGAAGUGAAAGGAGCCGAAAGGAUAAUCUUUUUAAUAUAAUAUAUGCACCGUUUGCUUUAAACGGUUACUUAACCAGAUUAUUUAAAUAUUUACACGA